CCUCUCCCGCUUCGGUGGGCUCUGGAGCGAUGACGUAGCUUUGGGGCGGAGACUUGUACCGAUUUUCUGAGAGAGGUUGGGAGGGCGCAGUCACCGCGCGGAGCCUUCCGGUUUGUGGGUGGCUGCGCCACCUCUCUCCGAAGCCUGGGGAUACGCCCUCUUCCGAGCCUUCGCUCUCCCUCCGUUCCGCAUCGAACCCCUCACAAUUGCUGCGAAGCAACUGCAGCCCAACAUUCUCUCGGUCUGAUUCUCGCUCCCUUGAGAACCUGGGCCCCACAUCCCCCACUUUCCUGGAUGAUCUGUCCCUUCCCCGCCCUCUAAAAUGUCCAAUAAUCUACAGAGGGUCUUCCUGAAACCCACAGAGGAAAAUUCAGGCAGCGCCUCGCAUUGUGUUUCAGGCUGCAUGUAUCAAGUAGUUCAGACGAUUGGCUCGGAUGGAAAAAAUCUUCUGCAAUUACUUCCAAUUCCUAAUUCUUCUGGAAAUCUUAUUCCACUAGUUCAAUCUUCAGUCAUGUCUGAUGCUUUGAAAGGGAAUACAGGAAAACCAGUUCAAGUUACUUUUCAGACUCAGAUUUCCAGCUCUUCCACAAGUGCAUCAGUUCAAUUGCCCAUUUUUCAGCCAGCCAGUUCUUCAAAGUAUUUUCUUACAAGAACAGUAGAUACAGCAGAAAAAGGUAGAGUUACUUCUGUGGGAACUGAAAAUUUUACUUCAUCAGUUUCUAAAGUUAAGAGUCAUGGUGUGAAAAUUGAUGGACUCACCAUGCAAACAUUUGCUGUUCCUCCCUCAACACAAAAUGAUUCAUCUUAUAUUGUAGUCAAAACCCCGAAUCUUCCAAUGACUGUGAAGUCUCCAGUAUUGCCUUCCGGGCAUCAUUUACAAAUUCCAGCCCAUGCUGAAGUGAAAUCUGUACCUGCAUCAUCAUUGCCUCCUUCAGUUCAGCAAAAGAUAUUUGCAGCUGCAACCACAAGUACCUCAGGAACAGUUGAGGCCUCCCAAAUACCAACAGUUAUUUAUGUAUCUCCUGUAAAUACAGUGAAAAAUGUAGUUACCAAGAACUUUCAAAAUAUUUAUCCAAAACCUGUUAAAGAAAUAGCAAAGCCAAUGAUACUAAAUACCACACAAAUUCCAUCGAAUGUUGCUGCAGAGACACAAUUAAAAGGUGGUCAGCAUUCUCAAGCUGCUCCAGUGAAAUGGAUAUUUCAAGAAAAUCUACAGCCUUGUACUCCAUCUCUUGUUCCUGUUAAGUCUUCAAAUAAUGUGGCUUCAAAGAUUUUAAAAACUUUUGUAGAUAGGAAAAAUUUGGGAGAUAAUACUAUAAAUAUACCACCAUUGAGUGCCAUCAGUCCUAGUGGGACACAAUCCAUAAGUGUGCCAAUUAAAGAUAAUGCUUUGGUUAUGUUUAAUGGGAAAGUCUAUCUGUUGGCUAAAAAGGGAACAGAUAUUUUGCCAUCACAAAUUGACCAUCAGAAUUCUGUUUCUCCUGAUAUUCCAGUGAGAAAAAACACAUCACAGGUAGUAAGUUCAAGUCCAGUCACAGAAAUAUCCAGAGAGGUUGUAAAUAUUGUUUUGGCUAAAAGUAAAUCUUUCCAGAUGGAGACAAAAUCACUUUCAAAUACCCAGCUUGCUUCCAUGAUUAACCUAAGUGCAGAGAAGAAUAAAAAGGUCGAAAAAUCAUCUCUUUCUACCACAAACCCAUAUAACAUGAACCAAUCCAGUUACUACCUAAAACAGAGUAAGACUUUAUUCACAAAGCCAGUCUUUCCAGGUGGAUUUAGUACAGGACAGAAUGCCCCCAGAAAAGGAAAUACGAUCCAGAGCAUAGAGAAAAUAAGUUCCUCUGUUGAUGCAACAACUGUUACUUCACAACAGUAUGUUUUCAGAGACCAAGAAUCAAAGAUACAGAAUGAAAUGGCAUCAACAUUAGGAAAAGUUUCUCAAGAAAGAAACGACAGGAAAGUUUCUCAAGAAAGCAAUGUUAAGGCGUCAUGUCUGAAGAAUGAUGCUGAAUUUAAAAAGAUAUUUGGUAUCACUAAAGAUUUGCAAGUGUGCCUUACUCGAAUUCCUGAUCAUUUGCACUCUGGAAAAAGUUUUGAUUCCUUUAGCAGUGUGGUGAAGAGUAGAAUUAACACCGAGAAGGAGUUUGUGGUGAAGGAAGAAGAAAGAAAACAGAGUUUUAAUAGGAAAAGAAAAACAAAAAACAUUAAGAAGAUGGAUCACACAAAGAAGAGAAAAACUGAGAGUACUUGCAACACAGUCAUAAAUGGGGUAUCUAUUGUCACCAGUUCUCAACCGCUGUGCAGUGUUUUGCCGACUUCAGUCGUAUCAAAAAAUAACAUUCCCACAGGCCGCAGCAAAAUCAGAGAAGAACAGAGAACUGAGGUGGAACACUGUUCCCAUGAGGAGGAGAAAGGUGCAUUGAGUUCAUGUGCAGCUUUUGAACAAAGUAACUCCUUUAAUAAAAAGUAUACUGAAGAUAUUUUCCCAGUGACACCACCAGAAUUAGAAGAAACCAUCCGAGAUGAAAAAAUAAGACGACUUAAGCAAGUGCUAAGAGAGAAAGAAGCAGCUCUUGAAGAAAUGCGUAAGAAGAUGCACCAAAAAUAAUAAAAUAUUCUGUACUGAAAGUCUUUAAUAUGAAAUAAUUGUUUUUUAAAUAGACUUUUGUAUUAAUACAGUAGUCCACCCUUAUCUACCAGGGAUGCUUUUCAAGUGGAUGUUUGAAAGUGGAGAUAGUACUGAAUCCUGUAUUCAAGUGCUGUGUUAACUAUUGACAGUCACUCUGAUAAGUUACAUUAUUGAAUAAUGGUCAAGUAGCAUAUACAGUGUGAAUACUCUGGACAGAGGAAUGAUUCAUGUCUUGAGCCACCUCUCAAAAUGACAUAGAAUUUAAAAGUUAAAAAUUAUUUCUUUCUGGAUUUUUCCAUUUUAGUAUUUUUGGAUAACGGUGGAUAACUAAAAUUACAGAAAGCAAAACUACAGAUACAGAGGGACUAUCAUUAAGGUAUAAGUGUAUUCUGAAAAUGAAAUCUGUUCAUAUUCUUUGACUGUGAAACCUGUUUUUUGGUCAGUUGAUUGUAGAAUUUUAUUUAAGGAAUACAGAAAAGGAGUCAUAGAUUACUUGUUGAAUAAUCUACAUGAGGUAUCGGAACCAUUUUCUUGGAUACCUUUUUCUGGAAGGAAAAAAUUUAUAUUUUUCUAUUAUUUUAACCGAAAACUUCUGAAGUUUGAAUAUUUGUAUAAGAUUUUUGUUAUUGUUGUAUAUUUAACUAAAUUGCUCAGGUGUUAGUCCAACAAUAGAUAAUUAUUGUGUACAGUCCAAGAGAGGAAAUCAGCAGUAAACUUAAAUUUACCAUUGACUUUAUAUAUGUAGUCUCUUGGUUUCGUUACCCAUAAAAUUAUAGCUUCUACCUACCAUUGUUGAUUUUUUAAAAUUUCAUUUAAAAAUGUAUUAGAGCAACAUUAUUUAAAUGUUUAACCACUUUCCAAGAGUGAAGGAUGCCUGUUUUGUAAUUUGACAGAGUUAUUUUAUAUAAUCCAAAAUAGUAUUUGGAAUUCAGGCUAUUUGAUACAUUGUUGGCUAAAGUGAUGUGUUAUUAGGCAGCAGUACCCCCUAUUCUCCUUUUACUCCUCCUUUUUCCCCCUUUGAUAUAUAUACAUAUGUUAUAUAGAUUGUGUAAAAAGUAGAUCUGAACAGUGAUCACAUUUGAUACUUUUAAACUGUGAAAUGUAGUUUUUCUAAGUAGAGGCAUACAUUUUUCUAUCUUUUUUUUUUUUUUUUUUUUAAUUUGGGAGAGUUUAAAAGUAGUGUGGGGAUAGGGAUUAAGAAGAGAGAAGAAUUGGAAAAUGAUUCGCUAAUCCCUGGGAAAAAAAAUAAGGUUUAAAAACUGUGUCAUGGCAACCAAAGAGAAAAAAUAGCAAAUCAAAAAAUACUGAACAGGAUUGAGAUAAGUACAUCAACUAGAUUCUGCUGCCUUUUUAUUUUUACAAAUAACUUUAUUGAAAUAUAUUUCACAUAGCAUGAAAUUCUCCUUUUUAAAGUGGUGGUUAUUCUAUUCAGAGGUAUACAGCCAUCAAUACUCACACUUUGAACAUACCAGAAACAAGUCCUGUACCAUAGUCAUCACCCAUUUCCUAUCUCUCCCUGCCUAAGCACCACUGUUUCUGUAGAACUGCCUGUUGUAAACAUUUCAUCUGCAUGGAAUCAUACAAUAUUUUUUCUUUUUUGUGUGUGUAUUUGUUUUGUUUUUCUUAGCCUAAUAUUUUCAGGGUUUAUCCAUGUGGUAGCAUGUAUCAGUACUUCAUUAUUUAUUGCUGAAUAAUAUUUUCUUAUAUGAAUAUAUAAUCAUCCCCCAAUAUCUGGCAGAUUGGUUCCAGAAUGCUCCCCAGGGAUAUCAAAAUCUGAAUAAUUAAGUCUGUUAUAUAAUAUGGCAUAGCAUUUGCUUUUAAGCUACUCAUCUCCUCCUAUAUACUUUAAAUAAUUUCUAUAUUACUUGUCAUGCCUAAUACAAUGUAAAUUCUAUGUAGAUAAUUGUGCAGUAUUGCUUUGGAAAUAUUGACAAAAUGUCUGUAUGUGUUCCGUGCAGACAAAAUUUUUUUAUUGUUGUGGAACUUGCAGACAAAGAGGGCCAAUUGUAUCACACUUUGUUUUUCCAUUCAUCUGUUAUGGACAUUUGGAUUAUUUCCACUUUGGGCCACUAAAAAUGUUGCUAUAAAUGUUUGUGUAAAAAUUUUUGUGUGAACAUAUUUUCAGUUACCAUGAGCAUGUAUGUAAGCAUGUAAUUGCUGGGUUAUACAGUAACUGUUUAACAACAUUUUGUAGAACUGCCUUACAGUUCCAGUCAGGUUUUCCUCCAUCUACUCCACUUAAACAGAUCUUGUUAAGGUCCUCAGUGAUUUCCAUGUUACUUAAUCCUAAGGUCAACUGUCAGUCUUCUUAAUAAUUUCAUAUAUCAUUAAUGACUUUGAUAAACAUUUAAAACAUUUAUUAUAGAGUAAUGCAUGUUUAUUGUGAAAAAAUUAGAAAAUACAUCAAGCUAAAAUAUUAAAAAUCAAAUCUUCACACUCCUGUCAUUGAGCAUUCAUACACAUGCACCUUAAUGUGUAUCCUCAGAUCUAUCUCUGUGCUCCCAUAUACAUAUGUGCUUUUAUCAAAAUAAGGUUUUUAUUUUUAUCCUACUUUUAAAGUUAACAGUUUACAACCUUUCAAUAAGCUUUCAUUUUUUUCAAUGGUCACAUCAAAUUCACCUGUUUGACCCCAGAAUAUCAGUUUGAGCUGUUUUUUUUUUUUUUUUUUUUCCAAAGCAGUAUGAAAUUUAGGACUGUUUUAUUUAGCUGUUGUACCUUAUGAAGUUCUUCUAAUACACUUUUUUAUAAUAUCAGCUUGUUACAAAGACCAACCAAGUGUCCUGUCUGCUUUUACCUUGAUAUACUUUGAUUUCACACUUCUGCCUCAGUGUAUGGCUCAUUCUUGGUCUCCUUACUGGUUCCUUCUCCCUAAUUUCUUAAUAUAUAAGUGCUCUAGGUUUCAUUCCUUUGAUUUGCUUCUCUGGUUCUGCUCUCUUUCUUGGUAAUCUCACUCAGUUUCAUGACUUUAAACACGAUAGUUGACAACCAACAGAUUUUCUUUACUUUGAAACAUGUGUCUUGGAUUCCAGACUUGUAUAACCAACUGCUUAUUUAAAUCUCUAUUAGAUGUUUAAAUAAACAUCUCAAACUUUUGACCAAAAUGGAAAUUGGGUUCAUUACCCAAACCAUCUUCACCCACAAUUUUCCCUAUUUUAGUUGAUUACAAUAUCCUACCAAUUUCUAAAGCCAAAAAACCUGUCAUACUUGACUCCUUUCUCACACCCUGCCUUCAUUUUGGGUUGGUCCUACUUUCAAAAUACUCCAAAUCUGACCACUUUUCAUCUUCAGUGCUCUGGGCCCUGGGAUGAAUUAUUUGUAGCCUCUUAAACCCUUUCCCUUUUUUCUUUCCCUACAGUCUUGUCUCAGUACAACCACCGGUGAUCCUUUUAAAACAAGUCAUUCUUCAUUACAUGCCAGUGACGACAACUAUCACAUGGAGUAAAAGCCACCAUGAUGAGGGCUAGAGGUCCAAUGGGAGCAAAUUGAAUUGAAGUACAACUCUUUGAACAUCCUUUAUAUGUAAUUGCAGUCUCAUGUCCUGUUUCUGAUAAGGUAGAGAAAGCAAUAUUUCCUCAAAAAUUAGGAAUGAACUGAGAUUUGAAAGGAGAGCAGAAUUUAAAUAGUGAAGGGAUAAGAGAUAGGAGUAGAACUUUCCCAUCAGCAGGAAUCUGCAAACCCAACAGUUCUAAGGCAGGAGAGAGUAUGUCCUAUGUGAAGAGUAAAAGAAUACCAGUGUAGCUGAAUGCUGAGUGAGUGAUCAUGGUUGUGAAAGCUGGAAGGAUAGGUUUAAUUCCCAAAGAGUAGCAUGAGCCAGUUGAUCUUCAUUCCUUUGAAAGCAGUUUGGUUUUACUACCCAGAUACAAUAUUUUCUCUUUAUAAUUUAAGUACCUUGUUAGAUUCUUGUUUUUCUGCUCAGAUAUUUUUAGAACACUUAUCUUCCUACAGUUCCAAACUUUUGAUUGAAUUCCUUCCUCAACACUGAAUCUCUUCAACUGCCUACACAGGCCUUUCUUCAGCUCAGAAGUUUCUGUGGGUAUCAUUGCUUCAGAUCCAUUUAUUAUGGACUCUGGGAAAAGGAAUUGUCCACUUGUCAUGUCUCAUCUCAAUUUUUUUAUUCUCCAUUGUCUAAAACUAACAUCACUCUAAUAACAUUCUGUUUUUAAUUUCCUCCAUUGUUAAUUUUGUUCCCUGUACUGUGUUUGGUUUCAUUGUAUUCUUUCCUUAUUGGUGUACAUUUGUGGGGUUUAUUUUCCACUCUGAUUUGUCUAAGUCAGGCUCCCAGGCUUUUUUGGUUCAGGGCACUUUUAGUGUCUCAGACAUUUAUUCAUGGUACCAUUAAGUGAAAACAACUUAUUAAAUGUUUGUGUUUGUUUUUUAUUAUUGCAUGACACAUUAACAACAUCGCAGCUUAAAACAGCACUCAUUAUUUCUUAGGUCAGAAGUCCAAGUGGUCUUGGUUGGGUUCUCUGAAGUCUCACAAAGCCAGAAUUAAUGUGUCAACCAGGCUGGCCUUUUAUUCGGAGGCUCUACUUUCAGUCUCAUUCUGAUUGUUGACAGAAUAUAAUUCUCUAUGGGUAGGCCUGUAGUUCUCAUUUUCUCUCAAGCGGUUUUGGGGGAACAUUUCAACUCUAUCCCUGUUACUUCCUGAAACUUCCAAGUCAGCAGUGGUACAUCCAUUCCCACACUUAAGAGCCCUCUGAUUACAGCCACCAACUAUAGAAAACGGAAGAUUUUUAAGGGGUUAUAUCAUCACAUUCGGCCCACCCCAAUGAUCUCUUUGUUGUACAAUUUAACAUAACAAAAGUGAUAUCAUGUUAUAGGCCUCAUCCACAAAAGGAUCAUGGGUGAGGAUUAUUAGAAUUCUGCCUUCUGUGUGUCCUAAUAUAGUAACCAUUUGAAGAAAUAACAGAAAUUGAAGAAAAAUACUUAUCUUUAAAAAAGUAAUACCUCAGUAUUUAAAUGGUAUGACAAUUGGGCACUGUACAACUUAGACUUCAGAUGCUUCUACCCUUAAUUUCUGUUACAUAUUAAUUGGAAUACAGUGCUUGCUUUUUAUCCCAGCAGUUUCCAAAAACAUGAGUCUCAAUUUGAGGUAUAGCAUGAUAUGCUAAAGUUUUAAACUACUUAAACUAAUAGUUAAUGCAGAAUCAAACAGCUACUACCGCUCUCAAAAAAUUAGGACAGUGUACUGCAUGUGUUAGUCAUCUUUCUGUCACUAUAACAAAUACCUGAGUCAAUCAGUUUAUAAAGAUUUGGGGGAUUAAGCUCACAAUUUUAGAGAUUUCAACCCAUGUUAGGUUAGCGCAAUUGCUCUUGAGCCUGUGGCAAGGCAGCAUGUCAUGGUGGGGAGUGCAUAGUGGAGCUGGUCUUACUUCAUGGCUUGGGUCCUUUGCAAGGGUAUACUGCCAGUGAUCCGAAGGCCUCCCAAUAGGCUCCAGCUUCUACAGUUUCCACCACCUUCCAAUAUUGCCACAUUGGAGACCAAGCUUUUACCCCAUGGACUUAUGGAGGACCCUUAAGAUUCAAGCUAUACAGCAUUACAUCUCUGUAAGUUUGUGAGCUACAGCUCUAUGCAACUUAAUAUAAUUCCUGUAAAGAAAUGUAGUUCAUGAUGUUCUUGCAAGAGGGAUCAAUCAACUCAGAGACAUGUGUAGGCACUUUAUCUCCUAGGAUCCAAAAAGGACUUGGACUGUUGCAGCUAUUUUGCCUUUAGGAGGGGAGUCAGCAUGAAUAUGAAACUAAUAGCAUGGAAGAGGGCAAGGCCAGUAGAAUCACAAAUAACAUAGAUCUAGAAUUGUGACUGAAGUGGUAAUGACUCCCACAUCUCACUGGAUUUUUUAGUUACUCAGGAUCAACAUUAUACUGUAUUAGGAAUACAAUACUACAAAAGAGAUUAAGGAAAAAAGAACAUAGGCAAAUAAUUAUGGAGAAUGAGAGUGGUGGAAAGAAAAAUAAAAUCUGGGCAAAGGACCAGUGACAGGUUGUAAUUUUAUUUUUUAUUUUUUUAUUAUUAUUUUUUGUGUGUGUGAUGCUGGGGAUCGAACCCAGGCCUUGUUCAUGCAAGGCAAACACUCUACUGACUGAGCUAUCUCCCCAGCCCUGACAGGUUGUAAUUUUAGACAAGUAGAGAAAACUCUGAAGAGAUGACAUUUGAAUUAAGACCUAAUGGUGGGUGAUGUGUACAAGGUUGUUGGGGAAGAGCAUUGCAAGCAGAAGGAACACUUAAGUUUAUGACUGUUGGAGAAAGGCAUUUUCCUUGUUUCAAUAACAUAAUGAAGGCCAUUGUAAUAGUAAGCAAAAGGAAAUGUAAUGAGAUAAAUUUUGAAAGAUAGGCAGGUUAUUAUAGGGAUUUAUAGAUAAUAGCAUUUGGAUUUUAUUAUAAUUGUGAUGAGAAACCAUUGGAGGAUUUUAAGUAGAAGAGUUACAUAAGCUGAUUUAUGUGUUUAAAAUAAAACCAAAAUGAAAAUAAAACAAACUAGAAUAAUCAUUCAUUUUUUUCCACUUUUUGGUACUUUGCCUGUACUAAUUCAUUAAUUUUAUUGAUAGGGAAGUGAAGGCAACUGAUCCAAGGUCAUUGUCUGCUAUGAGGUAAAUGGAUAAGUAAGCUAAAAGUGAGUCAAUCAGGAGGCCAUUUCAGUGGUUGAGGUGAAAGAAGAUGACUUGAACCCAAGUGGCAGCUUUGAGAGUGGUGAAAAAUUUAUUUUUUGAACUUAGUGGCUACUGGACUUAACAGUCAUACUGGAUGUGUGGGUAAAGAGACAAAAGAAUUAAGCAUGAUUAUAGAUAUGAUAACUUGAGGCAUUGGAUGGGUAGUAGUACCAUUAAGAGAAGACUGAAGAGAAACUGGUUUACAGGGAAUAGUGAAUUCAACUUUGGACAGUGGGUAUUUGAAAUAUUUAUUGAACACAUAAGUAGUGAUGUUUGGUAGGUAAUUGAAUAUAAGGAUCUGAACCUCAGGGGAAAUAUUGGGACAGCAUUCUGCAUAGGUGGAGUCUUAUCAGUAAGAAGAUAUCAUUUGAAGUCAUAGAACUAGGUAAUAUCACCCAGAGAGAUUAAAGAAGAUUAAAAAAAUAUGGGCUCCUCUUUGGAUAUAUUUAAAGUUUGGAAAAAGAACAAUCAAAUAUUUUUUAAAGACUUGCAGGUGAUAACUUCCAUUUGAGUUGUAUUUGUAGAUUCUUGGAAUAGUGCCUGACAAGUGACUAAUAAGCAUUCUAUCAGUGUUUGUUAAAUAAAAU